AUGGCCUCCCGCAGCGCGGGCACCCUACUGACCGAGUUCAAUGCCGCCUACGUGCCCCCUGCCCUCAUGCCCGGGUACCAAGGCCACGUUCCCGGUGUGGCUUUCUCCUUCGGCUCCCCGUACGGCACCGCCACCCUCAAGUACUUCCAGGACCACCGCAAUGCAGGCCUGGAGAGGAGCCGCACUGCCCUCAGCAGAGGCGGCCACUUCCCGACCAUCUUCUCCCCGAACCCCAACCUUGUGCUCAGUGACCGUUCCCGCACCAGGGACCGCUGGCUGCACGUCCCCAGCUACACCCGCUUCAACCUGGACAGUGGCCGCUCUACCGACUUCUCCCGCUUCUACCAGAUGGCACAGCAGCAUCGGAAUUACUAUCGAGACAAGACAGGCUUGGUGCCUCGGGUCCCCUAUUUCGUGCUGCCCGUGAAGGAGUGGGAACGGUACCCCAUCCCCACUGACCUGCCUCCUCUGAGCCCGAAGGAUAAAUGGCACCUUUUAAGAGUAUCCCCUGAGAACCUGAAGACCUACCAGACGUUCCCAUCAGGGAAGAGGGUCUCCCCACAGGAGCGGCAGAAGAGAGACUCCUACUUUGAGUUCAGAGCGUGA